AGUCCUGAAACUUAGAAUAUACAACUUGAAAGUCACUUUAUUUGGUUAUAAAAGGUUCUGACAUCAUGUAUUAUUUCCAUGCAACAAUAGAGAUAUCAUAUAUCUCCUCAAUUAUACAUAUUUUCUUCAACUAGAUUUUCGUUUAUAACUUUCACUUGCAGUAUAUUUAUAUAUAUAUAUAUAUAUAUAUAAUUAUUAUAAUAUGGGUUAUCAGCAGGGAAGAGUGAAUAUUGCAAUGGCCACAGAAGCUUUGGUUUUGAUAAUGAUGAUAAUUGGUCAGUCAGUAGUGUUGACAAGUGCCAAACACGUUGUUGCCUUUCGCACUGGCGGUUGGACUUUUGGCGUGGCUUGUAACUGGCCUGGUAAUGGAAAGGUCUUUAAGGCUAAUGACACACUUGUGUUCAAGUACAGCCCACAACAUCACAAUGUGGUACGUGUUACAAAAGCUGGUUACCUGAAUUGCACGGCUCCAGAAGGUGCUCGAGUUUAUUCAAGUGGAAAUGACAACAUCAAGCUUGUAAAGGGACAAAACUACUUCAUUUGCACUUAUCCUAACCAUUGCACUUUUGGAGUUAGACUUAACAUAACUGCAGUUUAAUGUAUUCAUUAAAUUAAUCCCUCCUAUAUAUCUCUUUCUGUAAUAAAGGAAUAUAUAUAUAUUUUGAUGUAAUCAUGAUUUGUUGCUAUUAAAAUUAAUUAACUUAUUUAUAUUUGCUUGAAGAAGUUAGGUUUGUACUUUAAACAAAUCCAAUAAAAGUCAACAAAUAAUUUCUU